GAUAUGGACAUGUAGCUGGCCAAAUAAAUGAACAAAUGAAUGGUUACGGAGCUGAAGCUGSUGGAUAUAGUGGACAAGCAAAUAAAGGAUUUGUUAAAGCCCGCCCAACAAAUGGACAGCAGAUGAGAGGUUACGGUGCUCAGGCUGGGGGAUAUGGCGGGCUAAGGACUAAAGGAAAUGGUUAUGGUGCUCAAACUGGUGGACAACGAACAAAAGGCAAUGGUAACGCUGCUGCAGCUGCUGCACAAAAUGGACAUCCAACAAAAGGGCAUGUGAUGGGACCCUUCAGAAGAGUGGGAGGACCCCAGUCCAACAGGAAUCAUGGGCAAGGCUAUGAAGGAGGUUUUGGAGCAGCUGGUUUGGGUCUGGGUCCUCGUUAUGGACAUGUGGCAAUAAAGGGACCCGUUCAAGGUUAUGGAGCUGCAGCUGGUGUGUCCAACAGACAAGGAUUUGRCAAUCGUCCAAAUGGUUAUGGAGCCAAACCUCAUGGAUAUGGAGUUUCCAAAGGCAGUGCUGUAAGAUCUCAGUCAGGUUAUUUGAAUGGAGCUGCUCCUAAUGGCUAUGGAUCUAAAGGUAUACACUUARAAAAUAUGUUUGAAGGUUAUGGAGCUGCUGGAGUUCUUAAAGGAUAUGGACCCCAAAUUAACGGCCACAGAAACCAUGCUGCACUGGGAGGGUAUGGAGGUAACCCUAAUGUUUAUGGACUGAGCCGUGGCCCAAAACCUCACACAACCAAAGGAAUCAGAGCUCUGUCCUUGAGCGAAGGCUAUGGGACGAUGAAUGGAAAGGGUCAAGCUGUUAGAGGUGCAGAGUUCUCCAAUGAGAGAAGUCUUAAAGGUGGAGUGUUUUCUCCUCAGCAUCAGGCUGCGACACAAGUUCAGGGUGCUGUUCCACAACAAGCCGUCCCUCAGGGUGAAGCGCUGAGCGUCCCCGAUCACAGAGACCUUGUCCCCGUCAAAAACGAGAAAUACCAAAAGCUGCUGGCGCCGCAAGAUAAAAGCUACAAACAGAAACAGCUCAACCCUGAAGCGGCUCCAGAAGCAGCUGUGGUUCUCCAGAACAGUCCAGAACCAGAACCGGCAGCAGUCCUUCAAGGUUUUGUGACAGUAAGUGCUGUUCCUGGACAAAACGUUGCAGAAGCGGAUGCUUUGGGGGACACUGAUGACCCCGAGAGCACCGAUCUCAUAAAACCUGACAAAGCGGCUGAUAAAAUCACUGAAAACAUCUCUUCUGAAGAAACGUUGAGACAGGGUGUGCCUGAGGCUGCAGCAGAGGAAGAAAACGCCACGAGUCAGCCUGAGACAGGACCUGACAGGCUUGGGGUCAGAAGUCCCCCUGCUGAGGGUGUAGGACUUCCAGUCUCCAAAAGUCAAGGAGGAAAACCUGAUUGUGGACCAAAUGGACAAUGGCUGGGAAGAUUAAAACCUGGUCAUACAGGUUCUGGCAUCUCUGGUGGCACAAAUUUAAAAGGUAACUUUGCAGGAGGCCACAAUUUUCCAGGACUUCGUAAUGGUUACGGUGCAGCAGGACUUGGGUAUCCUUAUGGUGGAAAACCUGUUUACGGACAAGGGGCCAACCUUGGAGCUGGAAAUGGAAAUUUAUACAGAGGUGGCACCAAACAGCUUCCAUUCAAUGGAGCCUCAACUGGAUUUGACGGAAGGAGUCAGUUUGAGCUUCAGCCUGCUGGACAUCCAAGCAGCACAUCUGGUGGAAUGCAAGAAUCAGCUUUUGGAGGUCCAACACUCGGAAUGAGUGCAGAAAAAUUCAAUACAAAGUUUGGUAUCGGUGGGCUGCAGUUCGGUGAACAGCCCAUCAGUCCAGGCUUUAACAGUGCAGGAAAAUAUGAUUAUGGCGUUAACCCGUACAGGCCUGCAGGGGAAGGUUUUCAUCAUCAUCUGGGCUCAGAKCAUGGUGGGCAGCUUCUCAAUGGAAAUAUGCUGCAGAAAUACGGUUAUGGAAACAAUCCUUUUGUUCAUCCGGCUGGACUGGCUCCUGAGCCUGAAUCUGCAGGACAAUAUAGUCUGACUGGAUCACCUCAUCACCCUGAGCCUGUUGGCCCCGAACAAAUUGGCAAAUCAACAGAAAAAUAUGGUGAUGCACGGGUUCCUUAUGGGACAAACAAUCAUGGUUUAGGAGGAGAAGCAAAAUCUGGGAAAUACGAUAAACAUGGAGCUUUCCAGACACAGAACUAUGAGUCUGCAGGAGCAACAGGUUUAAGUUAUGAGCCUCAGCCUCUUGAGCCAGAGUCGGUUGGAAAAUCCUACGUGAAGGGAGAGGUGCCGGCAGCAGCGCUCGCAGCUGAAGGUCAGAGGAUGGCUGUUAAUAGAUACGAAAACGUGGGCUACAUUAAUGGACAAGUGCGGCCAAAUGUUGUGUUUUCUGCAGCUCCCACCCCUGGUCCCACCGAGGCCUAUUCACCUGCCCAGGUAGACUCCUUCACAGCUGAUGUGUCUCGAGAAACGGUGCAGGACUUGACUGAUCCAGACGGAGCGGCUACAGAGAGGCAGGGCGAGCAUCCCGACGAUUUAGAGCUGCCACGUCAGAUUCACAUUCAGCAGCAUCUCAAACUGCAUUUUCAACCUCAAGGAGGAAAGAAAUAUGACUUGGAUGGCUUCUUUGGAAAUGGUGACCAUCAAGGUUGAUUGAACCAAUCUGAUCUUAUUUUAAAGUUUCUUAAUGUUUUGUUUCCUAGUUGUACAUUAAAUGUAGUUUUCUUUUAUUUUACUAAAUCUGUAAGUAUGUACAUGAAAUUAUACAAUAUUUUAGACUUCUCUUGUUGGCUUGUAAUUUUAUGCAUCAUUUCCAUCUUGUGUGUCCUGCACUUUUAGGUCACUGUAUGCAAAAUAAAUUGUCUGCGAAAUGUUUGCUUAAUUUUUACUAAAGCUGUCAUUUUUAUUGGAAAUUCAAAACUUGUAUUGAAAUUACUAUAUUUCAGUCUAGAUUUUGGAAAUCAGUGAUUUUUUUUCUUCAUCUUGCAAGAAUCUGUUUAUUGUACAGUAUUUGAUUAAAACAUCAAAUCCCAA